CGGAUCAGAAAGGAAGAGCCUCGCGGGCCAACGGGGUUUCCCGGCCGAAGGACCCGCCCCUUAGGCGUCCACGCCCGUGCCUGUGCGCUGCCGCCAAACCGCGGCUGUCUAACGCAGUGCCAGACUAGCGGUUGCUCCAUAGCUCUACGCUCUUUCUCCCAUUUGGGUCCUCGAAACGGUGUGCUCCACUUUAAAAUGUUUCAAAAGGCGCUCUUAUACAGUCGAUGCGACCAAGAGGGGCUUUCCUUUACAGGGGGCUUGUUAGCACGAGAAAAAAGAGAGGUAACACAAGUCUAGCUGGGAAUUGUAGUUUUUUCGCUGCUUUCUUCUUGCUAAAACUACUUGUCCCAAGAUGCAGUUCCACACUUCCGGGCGGGCUGUCUGGUUACAGUCUCUAAGCAGGUUUAGGGACUCAGGCUCACUAAAGUUUUUUGGCUUUGUUGCAAAAGAAGGUCCAAGUUUGAUUUUUCUCCAGUGAACAAGCUUACAGAUUAAGAUUUAUGUCACUCCAAGAAGUAAACAAACAUACAGUUCUUCCUCCCAUCAUUAGUAGAAGUGACAAGGAGUUUUUGGAAAGCAUACAAAGAUACAUAAUUACAGAAACCAAGAGAGUGGGCUGCAACGAGGAAGGACCUGCUGAUGAGUAUUUCACCAUAUACCGAAAUGUUUUCGACAAGGUAAUAGACUAUGUCAAUUCAUACAAGUCCGUUCUUACUUCAAUCAAAAAAGAAUACGAUGCCUUUAUUGAGACAAUAAAGAAAGGCCGAAGAACUGCUUUUUAUCUUCAUGGGAAACUUAAAGUCUUGGCAGCAGAGCCCACAGCACUGGUGUAUCACCAGAGAAGAGCCAUCCAACUUGAAGCAAAAGUGAGGAUUAUUGAAAAUAAUUCCAAAGAGAUUCAGUCGCAAAUAGACGAGAUGAGACAGCUGAGGGCAGAGUAUGACAAGAAAGAAGUGAAGCUCUGUGCUUCCACCAGGCAGCUCUGGAGACCCAUCCCAGGGAUGACUCUUCAAGAUUCUGUCAAUCUGGAUGCUCUCAAUAAAUAUAAGCAGCAUCUUGAAGAUAGAUAUAUAAAGUGUAAGCAAGAUAUGUCAAGAGAGUAUGUACCAGCCCAAAAGAAGGCUGAUCUGGAUGAGGAAAUGAUUGUGUUACUGAAACGCCGAGAUUUAGCCGAAAAUCUGAACAAAGACCUGAAGUUUCGCCAUCAAAGACUGCAGGUUAUUUCACACACACUUACUUCAUGGCUGAAGCAUAACAUGAGAAUCCCAUUUGAAGACGUCUUGGAGAAAAUUCAGAAAACCAAAGCAAUCUUCGGUGAUGAAAGCAUUAUUGAUGAGCUGUUUGAAGAUGACCCAAGCAAAACUAAAGAAGCUAUAAUUAUUCUUUACUACAUCGAAAGGUUCAAUGAAUUAAUCUCCCUUGGCGAAUAUGAGAAGGCAGCUUGUUUUGCAGCAAACAGUCCAAGAAGAAUUCUUCAAAAUAUUGGUACAAUGAAUAAAUUUAAGGCUGUUGGAAAAAUUAGAGGAAAACCCCUCCCAUUACUCUUGUUUUUUGAGGCUAUAUUUAGCACGAGUCAGGCCUUCAAACGCCCUAUUAAUGCUGACCUAACCGUGGAGGGAAUCAAAUGUGGACUGUCUGAAAAGCGGCUUGAUUUAGUUACCCAUUGGAUCACCCAGGAAAAGCUGACAUUUUCUGAGAAGGCUGGGGAUAUUGUUUUUGCUUAUGGGGAGCAGAACACAUACCACAAGCCUAACUGCUUGGCUUUAGCUCAGAUUAUCUACAACGAGUGUGGUUUACACAAGAAAGCUCUUCUUUGCCUGUGUAAACAGGGUCAGAUUCAUGAGGCCGUGGAACAGCUUCAACAGUUAAAGGACUUCACCUUUGAAGACCUGAUAAACCUAAUAACAGAGUGUCCCCAAACUGAGUUAGUUAAAUGUCUUACUCGAGAGAGGGAUGGAAAACCACCAUUUUUAUCUUUCGCGCUUGCUGUGCUUCAUCUGUUUUCUGUGGACAUGAAAAAGGUUGGCAUUAAGCUGCUUCAGGAGAUCAGUAAAGGCGGGAAAGAUGAAAUAGAGCAUCUUGUGAUGGACGAUCCAUUUUGCUCCUUAGAAAAAUGGCAAGAAAUAGCAAAUAUCUGUUUACAGAAUGGUUUUGAAAAUUUGUCUAGUGACAUCAUGUCCAUUCUCCGAUCCCAGGCUGGAGUUUCAGAAAUUUCAGAAGAUGAUUCCAUCAACAUAAUGGAACAUGUUUUUUGGUAGUUCUAUGUUUUGUCCAGCUGAGGGCGCUUGUACAACAUUUUAUAGGCAUUGGCUGGGCAAACUGGUUUUAGCAUAGUUAACAUGAAUAAAUGUUAAGUAUAAUGCUCUCAGCAAUAAAUGACACUUCCACUAUGAUGUUCAGGUUUGACCUUGAAACCAUUGCUUCCUUCCUACCAUGUGGUCACUUCUUAUAGCAGAUCUAGAGCAAAUCCAAGAGUAUAGCUCUGCGUAAAGAUAGCAUAAUUUGAGACAAGGUUUCUCUGUAGCUUUGGAGCCUGUCCUGGAACUUGCUCUGUAGACCAGGCUGGCCUCGAACUCACAGGGAUCCACCUGCUUCUGCCUCCCGAGUGCUGGGACUAAAGGCUGCGCCACUACCGCCCGGCUGGAUACCUUCUCAUCAUCUAAUUUGAUCCCUGGAACUGAAGAAGGUGUGGGCAAUGUUCUCCCUUUGCACUGACUUUCUAAAUGUUAGAUAUUGCAAGCUUGCCUCUGCAAGAAAAGGAGAUAUUACUUGAAGACUGAGUGUGCUGGGAAAGAACUAGACUAAGUUUGUCCUACUGAUUCAAGGAUGGCUCCAGUCUUUGAUGUCUGUCUGUAUAUCCAUGGACACACACACACCUGCACAUACGGAUGAUAACCUUUGCCAUUUUAUAAACGGAAAAGGUCAGAUUCCAACUGAGGUUUAGAAUCUUGGCAUGUUUUUACUUAAAGGGAAGACCAGACAGAUUGCCUUGGGUACUCUUGGGCAUGGAAAACGGAUCUUUUAAAAAAAAAAUCAUUUUGUACUGUGCACAGUGUUGAAUGCCUAAAAUCCUAGUUCUCAGGAGGCUGAAGUAAAAAGGUGAUGAGUUGGAGAUCAGCCUGGACUGCAGAGUGAGAGUGUCUCAGAAGCCAAACAAAAUAGAAUAACAACAAAGCAAAACCCACCCAAAAAGACAACAAGAGAUAAUUUUUUAAAAAUAAUUCCAAGUAUUUGAAAUUUUAGAAUUCUUUUUUUUGGGGGGGAUAUUUUUUAAAAUUAUCUGUGUUGGUGUUUUGCCUGCAUGCAUGUCUGUAUGAGGGAGUCUGAUUCCCUGGAACAGGAGUUACAGACAGUUGUGAGCUGCCAUGUGGGUGCUGGGAAUCAAACCCAGGUUCUCUGGAAGAGCAGCCAGUGCGCUUAACUGCUGAGCCAUCUCUCCAGCCCAGAAUUUUAGAAUUCUUUACUAUGGAUAGAUAUAAUAUUCAAAAUAUUUAAGAAUCAGUAUGGCAUGGGUACCAGUCAAGUAGAGUAGACAUUCAGCCAAUCAGAACAGCUUCCCGUUCGUGUGGCACAUCUGUGCCUCCAACCCCUGGUUCUGAAAUGGCGUCUCACUGUGCAAGCUCAAGCUGGCUUUAGACAUGGUAUACAGCUGAGAUUGGUCUAAACCUGCAACGUCCCUGCCUCUGCCUGCACGUACUGGGGUUAAAAGUGUGCUCCAUCACAUUUUACAGAGUUGACUCCUUGUGAAGGGCCUAAGGGAUCCUCUCUGUGUCUCUCCACAUCCUCUUCUCCUUAUGGAUUUCUGUGUCUAAAUCCGAGCAUGGUGGCUUAAGUGUGUAAUCCUGGCACUCCACGGUGAGUCAUAGGCCAGCUACAGAGUGAGGCUGUCUCGUGUGUGUCUGUGUGUGUGUGUGUGUGUGUGUGCGCACGCGCGCGUAACAAAUCUAUAAAAAAUAAAUGAUAUAAUAUGCAAAUAUACAAUAAUAAACAUAUAUAGGUAUUACAUCUUAUUAUAUAUAUAUGUAUUACAUCACUCAUAUUGAGUUAGAGUUCACCCACUAUAAGUUGACUAUGUCUCCAAAUAAAGUCACAUUCUGUUGCACUAUGGGCUAAGACUUCAGCAUGUAAAUUUGGUAAAAACAUAAUUCAGACACAAACAUUUUCCAUUAUUUCACCAAAAUAAAAAAUAGUACUGGGCAAAAAAAAUCAAUGUUCAAUGUACAGUUGCUGAUUGAAUCUAUUUUAGGCAAACCUAGAACUUUCAUAUUUGAUAUUAACCUUGUGAAUUCUCUUCACUCUUGCUUACAUUCUCAAAAUUAUGUUACACAUUUUAGAAUUUUUUACAAAGCAUACACAUCUGUAUAACUAAUCUCCACAUGAUGAGAUAAAACCUUUCCAGAAUAUUCCAGCCUCCUGUCCUCCUCCCAAAGCUACUCAACUUCUCCUGCCAUUAAUGACAUUUUCCUGCGUUUGAAUUUUAAAUAAAUAAAAUAACACAUUAAAUUUUUGGGGUCUACUUGCUUUUGCAUUUUACUUUUUGUGAAAUUUUUCCAUAUUGUUUAUAGUUGCAGUUGUUCAUUCUCAUUGUUCCAUUCUGUAAGUGUGCUACCAUUAUACCAUACAUAGACCGUAAGUUUUUCCAGUGUGUAUCUGUACAGUGCUCCCUUGGUCAUUCUUCAUGGCUUGGCUGUGAAAUCUGUUUGCAUGUUUUAUUCUUUGCUUUUCAAGUUGUUUGGGGGGGCGCUGGAGAGAUGGCUCAGAGGUUAAGAGCAUUGCCUGCUCUUCCAAAGGUCCUGAGUUCAAUUCCCAGCAACCACAUGGUGGCUCACAACCAUCUGUAAUGAGGUCUGGUGCCCUCUCCUGGCCUGCAGGCAUACACACAGAAUAUUGUAUACAUAAUAAAUA